CUCCGGCUGUUCUGGCAUGACUGGGCUGGAGACGUCACCCUACGUCCGCGGGUGGCUGAUUCUCGGCAGCUGUCUCCUGGUCCGAGCACAGCUGGAUUCUGAUGGCACCAUUACUAUCGAGGAGCAGAUUGUCCUUGUUAUGAAGGCUAAAGUGCAAUGUGAACUCAACAUCACAGCUCAGCUCCAAGAAGGAGAAGGCAAUUGCCUCCCAGAAUGGGAUGGACUCAUAUGUUGGCCUAGAGGAACAGUGGGGAAGAUGUCAGCUGUCCCAUGCCCUCCUUACAUUUAUGACUUCAACCAUAAAGGGGUUGCUUUCCGACACUGUACCCCCAACGGAACAUGGGAUUUUAUUCACAGCUCGAAUAAAACAUGGGCUAAUUAUUCAGACUGCUUUCUGCAGCCAGAUAUCAGCACUGGAAAGCAAGAGUUCUUUGAAAGCCUGUAUGUCCUGUACACUGUUGGCUACUCCGUCUCUUUUGGCUCCCUGGCUGUGGCUAUUCUCAUCAUUGGCUACUUCAGACGACUACAUUGCACUAGGAACUAUAUCCACCUGCACUUAUUUGUGUCUUUUAUGCUGAGAGCUGUAAGCAUCUUUGUCAAGGACAGGGUGGCGCAGGCUCACCUUGGAAUAGAGGCACUGCAGUCUUUGGCAAUGCAGGAUGACCUGCAAAAUCCCAUCGGAGGACCUCCAGCAGACAAGUCACAGUAUGUCGGGUGCAAGAUUGCUGUUGUGAUGUUUAUUUAUUUCUUGGCUACAAACUAUUAUUGGAUCCUGGUGGAAGGUCUCUACCUGCAUAACUUAAUCUUUGUGUCUUUCUUUUCGGACACCAAAUACCUGUGGGGCUUCAUCUUGGUAGGCUGGGGAUUUCCAGUGGCAUUUGUUGUGGCCUGGGCAGUGGCACGAGCCACUUUGUCUGAUACCAGAUGCUGGGAACUUAGUGACGGAGACAGAUGGAUUUACCAAGCUCCAAUCUUAGCAGCUAUCGGGCUGAAUUUUAUUCUGUUCCUGAAUACAGUUAGAGUUCUCGCUACCAAAAUUUGGGAGACCAAUGCUGUUGGGCAUGACAUGAGAAAGCAGUACAGGAAACUGGCCAAGUCCACGCUGGUCCUGGUGCUGGUGUUCGGUGUUCACUACAUCGUGUUCAUCUGCCAGCCACACUCCUUCACGGGGCUCUGGUGGAAGGUCCGCAUGCACUGCGAGCUCUUCUUCAACUCCUUCCAGGGUUUCUUCGUGUCUAUCAUUUACUGCUACUGCAAUGGGGAGGUUCAGGCUGAGGUGAAAAAGAUGUGGAAUCGGUGGAAUCUGUCUGUCGACUGGAAAAGGACGCCACCUUGUGGAAGCCACAGGUACGGCUCGGUGCUCACCACUGUGACUCACAGCACCAGCAGCCAGUCCCAGAUGGGGGCCAGCGCUCGCCUGGUGCUCAUUUCUGGCAAACCUACCAAGACUGUCAGCAGACAGCUCGAUAGCCAUGUGACGCUGCCUGGCUAUGUCUGGAGUAGCUCAGAGCAGGACUGCCAACAACACUCCACCCACGAGGAGACCAAAGACGGUCACGGGAGGCAGGAACACAGUACUCCAGUGGAGGAGUCUUCCAAGCCAGUGGAAUUUACCCUAGACACUGAAGGAGGCAAAGGAGAACCUCAGCACACCUGAGCCGCUGUUUGUGGCGCCAGUGGAUUGGUGGAUCUGACUGUAUGAGAGGAGUGUGGGUGACCCUAAACCGAAGACUAGAAUUCCUGGAUAAGGCAUUACCGUGCUCAGUUUCCAUGAACUGGCUCAUAUAAAUAUUAAGACACAAAAGGCGUGUCAAUGGUGUGGCUUAUUAACUUAUUUUGGCAUAACAUUUUUCUCCAAAUUGACAUUUUCUCUGUGAUUAUCAUCAUCAUCAUCACCACCACCACCACCAUCAUCAUCAUUUUGCUUCUUUUGGCUAGAAAAAUUUUCAACUGCUUAACUCUAAUAAAUACCAACCUAAAUAUAAUAGAGUUUAUUUAGUUUGUAGUAUCUUCCUUUCAUGAAAUUACUACUCUUCACUGGCCUCAUUUUAAUGAACUUCUGUUGUAUUAAUUUUGCCUGUGGAUUGAGCAACUGGCGUUUGAAAAAUGUACACUGAAAGAUUAGAGAGCUAAGACAAGUACGUAGUGGGAAAACAAUUGACUGGACACUAAUACAGGUAAUACAUUUCUGAAUGUUAUGAUUGAUUCCAGGAGCAAAGAAAAUUGUUCUAAAAGGAUGUUUCUCAUAUUCCUCCUUUUGAAGUUCUUUUGUGACCAGUUAAACCCCAGCUCUUUACUCCUCUUCCUUUGUAAAUGUGUCAAAAAUUUUCUUUGUCAGUGACCUUGUGUCUGCAAGCUGAUUCUGUGGGUAAUCAUUUAUACUGGAAUGAAACCACACUGCAUCUGUUUUUUCCUUUGUUUUAUUGUUUAUCCUAUUACAGAUGAUAUGUGGAGUAAAUUAAAAGUUUGUUUUAAAAAUACAU